UAGAUCUGCAACAACCACAACGUGCAUUCUGCGUCGACAUACAGUGGCAUUAUUCCUUAUGUCUGCGAAGCCGAAGACCCUCAGCAAUGGCACUCUCAGUCUCAGAUUCAUGCAAAAUGCUCAUCGAGCAAAGCAGCUGAAGGAAGUCGAACUGGAAAAAGCUCAAGUCAAAGACUCUGACGAGUGGGCGAUACCAAAAGAAAUCCAGGAAAGCUGGGGGAAAUCAACAUCCGACGCAGUCAGUUACGAAGACUCUUAUCUUCCGUUUCUCUUUCCGACAGAGUCUUCCGGUUCAUCAAGCUCAGCGCAGAAACAGGCCAAUGGCCGGCGCGUGUUCAAGAAAGGAGAAGAAGUGAUCGGUACUAAACCAUCAACAGAAACGCCGCCCCAACCAAGGCACUCUUCGCAGAGUACACCACAGGCUGCUCUGAAGAAGGAAAAAAUGAUUUCUCUUAAUCUAAAAACGUCGUCUAAGGUGAAGAAAUCGAACAAGUCCGCCAAGCAGGCCAUUUUCGAGACUAGGAACGUAGGGACUGACCUACGUCCACCGCCUGCAUCCAAGGGUUUCCUCAAACCGGCUGGUGUGGACGACCCGAAGGCCGCAUCGAUCAGUGAGGUGGUUGAAUCGAGUCUCGGUUUUGGAGCGCGCGAGCGCAAGAGACCUAACGACAACACGACACCAGCAGAUGGCGAGACAAGGACGAAGAAGAAAAAGAAGAAAACUUCAUAGGAAUGACUUCCCAAGACUCAAGGGCGUCUGCGUCCUUGAAGCCUGUCACAUUUGCGGAUACAUCCCAGCCUUUGACCCUCCUCAAGAGACCGCUCCUCUGAUCCGCGAUGAGGCCUGAUGCACCAUCUCUCAUAUUGCACUACGGUUUAUGACUGACGAUAAUCAUCGCGAGUUGAUUGAAGCCUCGCCUUGAUGGUUCUGUGGUUCAUCCUUGCCUUCAAAUUCCUCGUGCGCUAAAUAUCUGGUCGAUCCUAAAUUCACGCACCCCUCGUCAAUAUCAUACACUAUCUUCCACCUAUGGAACCUCUCAUAUUUCUUUCGUUUAAAUCAAUGAUUCCACUCAGCAGAUGAACAUUAUGUCAAUGUCC